UACUAACCGAUCCGAAGUUCCCACGGAUCUUAUUGCCAAACCUUAAGAUGAUUAUUCUGUGGUCGUCCUCGGACAUGGGUAAAGCUGGUGACUCGGAUCGCGAUGAGGAUUGGAUGGCUGAAAUCAUCGAGGAAGUGGAGCAUAAACGGGAGGGUAUGCGAUCCUAUGUGAAAACGGCAGUCGACGGCAAAAAGGACGGCACUGAAGAAGGCGUUUACAAUCACUAUGUUCCUUACUCCCGGAUUGCGGCGCAAAUGAUCGAAAAGACUAAGAACAAGAGUCGUGAAGGGAUCCUCAUUUUCUUGAAGCAACUCCAGGACUUGUUCAAGAUUGGUCACCCGAACAUCGAACCCACAGAGAGCCCGUAUCACUUCAACCAGUAUUACAGCGCUAUGUUCGCAUUCGUAUGCGAUUGGCCAGAGAACAUAUUCCGCGGGGAAUCACUGGGAGACGCUCAAGGUAGAAGGAUCGACAAGCCUAUAAAACAUUCUCAAAUCCUCGACGAGCGCUUACGCGGCGCUCUAGACGUGCUCAAGAGCGAGCCACUCGAAGUCAAUGUGAACGAUACUGAGGGUGGGUGGGAUUCAUAUGACGCCAGCAAGGGCUGGGACUGGGACCCUUACGGAAUGGAAGAAGAGUCCUGAGCUUGUUCUGUCAUGAACUCGUCCAUGAGUGGUUGAGAGUAAUUGAAACUUCGUUUCUAUGCGACAUGUAUCUACAAUCCCUUACUCAUUCAAUAUUCAAGGCCUACUUUCUAUCGAGUCCUCUGAGAACAUUCAAAUUCUUCGCGCGUACGAACACGAUUUGACACUUUCAUUCUUGUAUCGAACCCGGUUGAAUAAAGCGGAAACGUCUCUAAG